AUGAUAAUGUAUAAGCAUAUGGUAAAAUACUUGAAAUACACUUAUGAAGGGUUCAAUUUCGAGGCCAUUACCUGUCCCUCGUGUAAGGAGUUCUUCAGGAGGAAUGCCAUCAGAACUGAUGUAAAAUUUCGAUGCCGUUCGGACGGCAAUUGUAAAAUAGACAUAAAAUCCCGAAAGCGGUGCCGAAAAUGUCGACUAAAAAAGUGUUUUGAAAUGGGAAUGAAAAUGGAUUACAUCAACAUAUCGGCGCGUUUGGAUUAUUGCCUGAAGACUGGCACUGAAAUCGCUAUAAAUACAAAUGACCAUGCUCAUCACAAUCACACUGACAACAUUUUGGUCUCUAUACUAGAUUUUUCAACAAACAGUAUUGAACAACAACCCUGUAAUAACGGUACACUCUGUACACCCGUACCGGUGGUCAACGCAAACCACUCAAAUAAUCAAAGUUACAUAAAUUUUACCGACAUUUCGGACCCGUUUUCGGGCAUAGAGUUGGACACCGAUAGCCAACACACAGACCUCGAGUCGUUCAUCGACACCAUCAGCGAUCUCAUAGACAUUGGGACACCGGGUAGUAGUAGUAGUGAACACCCGGUAGUAAUCUAUGGCCAGGAGUUAGUGUUGUCAGUGGACCGUCCGGUGCAGGACUACCGGAACCAACUGAACGAGUUAGAGGGCUUGAAAUUGGGACAACUGUUAUCGGCAACGGCUGUGCUAAGUGCGGGCCAGAUAGCGCCCGAUGCCUUAGCGUUUGUGACCGAGGUGCAUGAUAAUUUAGGCACCCGGUGCUGGUUUUUAAAUAGUCAUGUAUCGCUAUUGUCGCAAAUAUUUCACAAUUUUAUACAAUUGAAUUGUUUGUGUGACGGCGAUAAGUGGUCCCUAAAGAAGCAUGGUUUUUUACAGCUGUUUGUUUUGCGCUGUGUGCCCAACUAUGACCCGGCUUAUCGCAGUUGGACUUUCAGCACGGACAACAACAAUGUUAUAUCAUUUAAUUUAAGUCCGGCUCAAGAAUUACCACGUUUUGUAUACGAAGCUCUCAUCAAUUUCUACCAUGUUAUACAUAACGAAUGGGAUGGCGAUCAAGUAGUGCUCGACCUGUUAUCAGCAAUUACAUUUUACAGCCCGUAUCGGAUAGGGCUAAAGCACCGAGAUACAAUUAAAUUAUAUCAACACAUGUUUAAACACUUAUUGAAACGUUAUUUACUAUUGAAAUGCCGUACGGAAUGGGAUUCCACUGCAAAAUAUAGUAAACUGAUGGCCACUCUACAGGCGCUGGAGUUUUUUGCCGACAAUCAGUGGCUAAACAUAUCGGAUAUGAAUCCGGAUUUAGUUUAUACCAGAACGACGAUCGGCCGGACGUCGGGCGCUGCGGCCAUCAAACAGAUAGCCGGACAGCGAUCGCUGCAAACGGCCGAACGGCAGGUCAAACACCGCCGACACGGCGGCCAUCGCCAGGCAAUUGAACGCAACGGCCGGCGCCAACAGCGACGCCUCGGGAGCCGUACGGUUAAGUGUUAA